AUGACUCGACUGCAGUCGUACCGUCAGUGCGACGAGAGCCACAUACAUCCCUGCCACGGCAGCGCGUUCGUCUCUGCCUACUUCACUGCCUUCAUCCUUGCGGGCUUUAAAACCGAAUACAGGCGAGUGCGCCUGUCCCCUACCAUCGGGGCCAUGGCUCGUCAGCCGUCCUCACAUCACGUGGUCACACACGACACACAAGGCAUGACAAGGAGCUGGGUUGCGGAGGGUCCGCACCAGAUUGCCGUUACUGUACCUUCCAUCUCGUUGGGCAAAGCCCGCACCGGACACAGACGGAGGAGUGAGUGCCUCGUUGCUGUGAUGGCUGGAGGUCUCACUGACAGACGUUCUAGCUGCCGACCGAGUCAAUCCAACCCUUCUAAUCACCACUCUCUGUCAUCAGUUCGUGAGAUAUUGGGUCAUUUAACGUGUCAGUCGGGCUUCGCACAGAGAGGUAAGAACAACGCUUCACUAUACCGUCAAAUUUCACUUAAUUUCGUCUCAAAAAAAGCUUUUUUACCCAGCCGGGACUGCCUUCGUCUGGGCGCCAUCCAGUCAUUAACAGGACUUAAAUUCGAUCGGAAUGCGGAUGCUGAAAUUAACAUUUUUUAA